UCGAACUCCUCGAGCCACCCAGACUCUCGAGAAAAAACAGACGCCAAGAGCGGAAAGAAACGACCUCCUUCCUUCCUUCCCCAGCCAUCUCCUCCUCUCCUGCCUGCGCGUGCGCAUUUUCACACUAACCCCCCAAUCCAACCUGCCGCGGCUCGUCGCAGAUCGGCAGAGCAGUCCACCGCCUCCGCGGAGGUGCUUGUUCCGCUGGUGGUACUGCUCGGUAGCCGUGGAUAGAGCAUUUAAACAGUGGUGAUCAUUCUUUUAUCAGGAGGUGUACAUCUGCUUGGCCUCUGGCAGUAGCUGCAGUUACCAACAGUUGAGAGUUCUCAUGGCCAAGUCUCAUGAGACGACGAGUAGGAAACCUCCUGGCCUCCGGUUAUUCAAAGGUGCCAAGGCUCUAAGAAAUUACCAGACGCUCGUCUUGGUCCUUACAUUCUUGGCAUACACUUGCUUCCAUAUGACUCGGAAGAUAACAAGCAUUGUCAAGAGUGAGCUUGAUCCCCAGACCAAAGUGGGGUCUGCCUGGGGACGAUUGCACACACGCAACAGUCUCAACAUUGGUUGGUCUCCAUUUAACACCGCUGAUGGUUCCACUUUGCUUGGUGAGAUAGAUGUCGCAUUCCUUGCGGUGUAUUCUCUUGGGAUGUUCUUCGCCGGGCAUCUUGGUGACCGCAUGGACUUGAGGAUUGUUCUAACAAUUGGCAUGAUUAGCACUGCCAUAUUCACUGCGCUCUUUGGUGCUGGAUAUUGGCUAAAUAUUCACAACUUCUACUACUUUCUGGUCUUUCAGAUGAUUGCUGGCUUAUUUCAAUCAUCUGGAUGGCCUUCAGUCGUUGCAGUUGUUGGUAACUGGUUUGGGAAGAGCAAGAGGGGAUUGAUUAUGGGUAUAUGGAACGCACAUACUUCUAUUGGAAACAUAUCCGGUUCGCUGCUUGCUGCAUCUCUGCUGAAAUUUGGAUGGGGGUGGUCAUUUGCCAUCCCCAGCAUCAUCAUGGCUCUUGCUGGGUUGGUGGUGUUCUUUUUCUUGCCGGUUAGUCCUGAUGUAAUGGAGAUAGAUAUUGAUGAUGGGGAGGUAAACUCAGACAAGGAUACUGCGAAGGAGCCCCUUUUGGAACCAGGCCAAGAAGUGAAACAUAAGGCAAUAGGAUUCCUGGAGGCAUGGAGGACUGGAGUUGCACCGUUUGCUCUCUGCCUCUUCUUCUCCAAGCUGGUUGCAUACACCUUCCUGUACUGGCUACCUUUUUACAUCAGCCAUACACCUAUUGGCAACGAGUACCUCUCUGAUGCGAUGGCUGGCAGCUUGUCAACAGUCUUCGAUGUUGGAGGUGUGUUGGGAGGAGUCCUUGCCGGUCAUAUCUCUGAUCGCUUAAAUGCACGAGCUAUCACGGCCGCGAGCUUCAUGUACUGUGCCAUACCUGCCCUUUUCUUGUACAGAACAUAUGGAAGCAUGUCGAUGAUGUCGAACAUUUGCCUCAUGUUCAUCACUGGCAUGUUUGUCAAUGGUCCUUAUGCCCUGAUCACAACCGCAGUGUCAGCUGACCUUGGCACUCACAGCUCAUUGAAUGGUAAUUCUCGGGCACUGGCCACUGUGACAGCAAUCAUCGAUGGGACCGGGUCGGUUGGUGCCGCAAUCGGGCCAUUGCUCACAGGAUACAUCUCAACAGAGAGCUGGAGUGCCGUGUUCACGAUGUUGAUGGCAGCAGCACUUCUUGCUGGGCUCCUCUUGACACAUCUUGUCUGUGCUGAGCUAAGAGGAAAGCUGUCUUCAAUGUGA